AUCUUGGAGAUGGGAGAUGGGAGAUGGCUGUGGUCCUUCUGCUAAUGCAAACAACAAAACGGGCACAUUAGUCACUCCCGAGGGAGACUAUCAUCACUGUAACUGUUGGCCAAAGCUACAGAAGAAGCGAGGGUGUCAAAGCCGAGCGCAGCAACAUUGAUAGCUUCACCUGCCUGCUGGACGGCAGAAGUGAAGCGACCGAGGAUCAGAAGGAUGGUGCAGUCCUGUUCCGCUUACGGCUGCAAGAACCGAUACGAUAAGGAUAAGCCCGUCUCUUUCCACAAGUUUCCUCUUACUCGACCCAGUCUUUGUAAAAAAUGGGAGGAAGCUGUCAGAAGAAAAAACUUUAAGCCCACCAAGUACAGCAGUAUUUGUUCAGAACACUUUACUCCAGACUGCUUUAAGAGGGAGUGCAACAACAAGUUACUGAAAGAGAAUGCUGUACCCACAAUAUUCCUUUGCACUGAACUACAUGACAAGAAGGAAGAUCUGUUGGAGCCGCAAGAACAACUUCCCCCAGCUCCUUUAACACCUCCCAUUUCCCAGGUCGAUGCUGCUAUUGGAUUACUAAUGCCUCCUCUUCAGACCCCUGAUAAUCUUUCAGUUUUCUGUGAUCACAACUACACUGUGGAGGAUACAAUGCACCAGAGAAAAAGAAUUCAUCAGCUAGAACAACAAGUAGAAAAACUCAGAAAGAAGCUCAAGACUGCACAGCAGCGAUGCAGAAGACAAGAACGUCAGCUUGAAAAAUUAAAAGAGGUUGUACACUUCCAGAAAGAGAAAGACGACAUAUCAGAGAGAGGUUAUGUGAUUCUCCCAAAUGACUACUUUGAAAUAGUUGAAGUACCAGCAUAAAAAAAUUAAAUUUGUAUUAGUUUUUAAUGGGGCAAUACCACAUACCCUCUUCUAGCCUAUAAAGGAGUUUCAUUUGAAAAAAUAAUACUUGAUUACUUGUAUAAAAACAAUUCAGAAUAUUUUUUUAAAAAAUAAAUUAGAUAUAUACUGUAAAAUUGUUUUUUGUUUGUAAUUUCAAGGUUUUUACAUUUUAACAAAAUAUUUUAAAAGUUAUAAAUUAACCUCAGAGUUCCAAUGUAAGUUGGUUUCAAGAUUGGGGAUUUUUGUUUUUUGAGUAUUUAUAGAAAUAAUGUAAAAAUAAAGGAAAGAGAAUGAGAACAGUACAGUAAGGAUGACUUAAGUUUAAAAUUUAAAAUUAAUGCAGUUUAUUGAGAGAACUUAUAUUUUAAAUCAGAGGCAUGAGUUAUAUCAUGGGACAUAACUUUUCAGAAUAUAUAUAAUCUUAUUCACACAUUUUUAAAAUCAGAAGAUUUAUCUUUCUUAAUCACUUGUCAUAGAUAAAUUGGCAAGUUAAUACUUAAAAAAAAAAAAGAUUGGCUGUCUUCACAGCCAGAAAAUGAAGUCAUUCCAUACCUAAUUAAGAUGGUUAAGUAACUUUAUAAAGAAUGGAUUUUUUAAAAGUGGGCCCCUCUUUUUUUCUGCACUGUGUAGCAUUAUGAAAUUAGAAGUGUAUCUCCAGUGGAAGAAACGCUCCUUAAUAAACAAGUUAGGUGUUAUCAAUGAAGUAAUAAAAAUGGGGGCCCAAUCUAUGCUAUGUCUUUUUCUCUUAUUACCCCAGAGCCAAGUAAGGGACAUCAGUUCCCCAACUGCAGUUAUAAUUGUAUCCAAAUCUCUAACAGAUAGGUUGUGUCAGUAAAGUUUGAUUUGUACUGUAAUAUGGUGUUAUUGACCUUGACUAAUUGAUAUUGGUCAAGGCUUCUCAUAAAAAAUGAUUACUUUUAACACAAGUUAGAAAUCAUAUUCUAUUUACUGAAAUGAAUGAUCUGUAUUCAAAAGCAACCUAAUAUGUAGGGUUUAUUUUCCUGAAUGUUGAGAUUUAAACAUUGAGGUUUCUGUUUAAACUGUGAAUUGUAUCCUGACUUUGUGAUAAAUUUUACAUAUAUUUGAAAUCAAAUAUGUUCUGAGUAAACAAAUACUACCAUAGGGCUUAUCUGCUUAGAUUUAGAAUAAUUGUUCCAACUAUAAUUAUAUUUCAGAGUACACUGAGAUACCUAAAGAAUAACAGACCUUUUAAGGCAGUAUUAAGGAUAGGAAACAAUGAUGUUCAAAAAUGUCUUGUAAAGCCAGUUUUCAGUGUAAUUCACUGCCAUCCUGCCAGUGAUAGUACUUUGAUUCAUAGAGAUUUGAUUUUUGGUGAACCACUAUUUUGAAAAUAGAAAGUUAUGAUUAGAAGAUUACUUGAAAUUAUAUAGUCUGAUAACAUUUAGAACUAACUGCAGUGAAUCAGAGGAGUUUUUCCAGUUAUUCAUGGAUCUUGUCACUUUAGAAGUCACAAAGUCUCCAAGUAGUUCGUUUUUACAUCUCAUCUCUAAUAAUUCCUGAAAGAUAUGUGGGUGAAUAUUUUCCAAAGUACAUAUUUUUGAUCUAAAUUGUCAUCUACAUAAAACCUGUGUGCAUGUGUGUGUGUGUUUCCAGAACCAAGAAUCCAACAUUGAAUUGUAAAAGUGAUCAUAAUUAUUUAGCAUCUUUGCAUUAUUUAACCUGAAGCUAUUUCCUUUUCAUAACAAGACAUAAAUCCCUAUUUGGAGAGAACUGAGCAAGCAACAUGUACAACUGUUUGUAUUUAAAUAAUUUAUCUACAUAUAGAGAGUUUGAGGUACAGUUGCUUAUUUCUGAAUUUGAGAUAAAACAUUCGUUGCAUGUUUUUAAAGUUCAUUUUGUCUAUUGUAUUAUGACAUUGCCAAGAAAAGGAGAGCAUUUAGGCUAAAGUAGGCCCUGUUCGAGCAUAGUGAAACUCAAUCUGAAACAAACAGGGACAAAGUCUCAAUCUGGAACAAAUGGGGAGAAGACUUAUGUGAACUGCAGCAUAUUCUGAAAGAUGACAUUUAUUUUAAGCGCAUAUAGUAUCAUACUAAAAUUUCCACCUAUGUGUGACAAUCUGGCAAAGGUGAGAAAAAAUAACUUUCUUAAUAGAGCUGUUGGAAAGCUAUAGAAUUAUAGAAUUUUAGAUUUAGAAGGACUUAGAAAUCAUCGAACACUAGCCCAACCUCCAAACCCUGAAGAAAUUUCAUUGUAAAAUAUCCCUGACAAGUGGUCAUCUGUCUGUUUGCCAUUUACAUUUAAGCAAUUAUUCUGCUUAGAUUCUUUAAAGUGAGUUUCUGGAUUAGAAUAGAAUUAGUUGCCACUCUUUUUAUACUUGUUUAUAAUGCAAACAUAAACUUCACUUUGAACUGCUGCAUAGUUUGAACUGUCAAAUUCUAUAUUAAAGAAGUUUUAAAUUUUUGUAAAAUAAUUUAAAUGUUUACUAAUUGUAUACCUGUUAUGUGUGCUAAAAAUAUUUCUGUCAUUGCAGUAAAGAAACAAUGGUGUUUAAAGUUAUUAGCAAAACUUUUUACUUGGAAAUCCAAGGACAUGAGGAGAUUGUUUUCUUUCAACUAUAAUUUGUGUAAUCCCUUUCUUAGUAGUAAAAUAAUAUUGGUGAAGACAAA